AUGACCAGCUGCCGACACCACUCCGGAUACUUGGCGGAUGAUGAGGCUGGCCACACCACUUAUGUGGCUCAGGUAAGUCCACCUAAGAAGCCACUGUUCCCAGAAAUGGGGCACACCUCCAAGCUUGGCCACAUGCCACACCCACCACCGACUUAUGGCCCCAAAGGCAGCUCAGGACUCCACAGUCACUGCAGAAAACCAAAGGGCCCGCAGCCCUUUGGCAGCUUUCUGGAUUUCCUUGUCGAGGGCCAGGUGUUGGAUAGCCUACAGACGGUGGUGGAGGAGGCAACUGAGCGAGUAGCCACUAUGAAGACAGAGGCUGGUGUGCCGCUGGUGGAGGUGCAAGACCCAGUGGAGGUGCCGUGUGGUCAGCAGCGCAGGCGUGCUCGGCCCAACCUUAGUACUGUGCUCCGGCACCGUGCACAGCCCAGCCUCUGCACUGGGGUCCCCAACAACUACCCAUCUUGUUCCAGUUCCAUGUCUGAUUCUUCCAGCAGUUUCAUGACUGGCUGGAUGGGUUCCCAUAGCCAGGAUGGCUACCUGGGUUCCCGUGGUUUAGGCGCACUGCCACCCAUAAAGGACAGGCUCCUGAUGGAGAAGAACCUCAAACGGCUGCUGCGACUGGAAAAUAAAGGGAAAGGCCUGGGUCUACCCAGAUCCCUGAAGGACUCCCAAUUCUGGGAGUCACUGGAUAGCCAGGCUAGCAGCCAGUGGACCUCGGAGCAGCCCCUGUCGUGGUUCUCAGGCCUGAUGGGCUCCACCAUGAGCACACCUGAAACAUCAGAGGCAGGGAUUGGAGAGCACGAUCUCAUUUUCCUCAAGCGAGAGUUCAACAAGGAGAUCCAGUCCUUGCUGAGCCAGCCACUGUCCUUCAACCUGCCUGGCUACUGUUCUUUCCGAGAGCCCCACCGUACCCUCGACUUCCUGGCAGAGCACCACCUCUUCCCUGACCUGCAGCAUGUCAUCAACCAGGCUGUAGACAAGCUCUGUGGAGCCCGCCGCCACGAUGGCUGUCCUCUCUUUCCAUCAACAGAAUGGGAGGCUGCCAGAGGGCCUAAUUCCAAUCCCAAGCAAGGUUCCAAGCCGAUAGCCUUUACUGAUGAGGAGGAGCCCAAUGAAUUCAACGAGUCAAUACCCAACACAGCCUCCAACUCUAAGAUGGUUUGGAGAAAGAGCAACAAGGGCAGAGGACGGGGCAAACCUAAGGAAGGUGGUUCCCCUGUGUCUAGUGCCCAGGUGACCACCAGAUUCACACUCAAGGUGACACCUACAGAAAAGUCCAAGCUUGUGAAGAAGAAGCCACUGCCCUCCAUCUCAUCCAAGUCUUCUGUGUCCUGCAUCUCCAACCCCUGGCAUGAGGAAGCCGUCAACUACUUGACAGAGCAGGCCCUCUCCUUGCUCAUUUAUAAAUAUAAGUAUGAAAAGAACCUUACCAAACAGCUGGGCUUUAUCUCAUUCCCCAUCACCGAAGUGCUCAUGGACCUCUUCCUGGGCUUCAAGAAGGUAAAGGGAUCCUGUAUCCACCUGUCCUCCAAGAUAGACUGGAGCUGCCUACUGCAGAAGCUGGAGGAGGCUGAGUGGGCCCAACAGGCACCCCAGGCCUCCCAGCAGGCCUCUCUGCAGGCCUCCCAGCAGGCCUCUCUGCAGGCCUCCCAGCAGGCAUCCCAACAGGACUCCUGGCAGAUCUCUCAGCAUAGCAAGGAAUUCCCCUCCACAUUGCCACAAAUGGUCAACAACAGAGAGCAGGACAGCACCACACAGCCCUCUCUCCAAACUGACUUGCUACACCCACUGCUCAGCCCUCAAGAAAAUACCACAAUGAAGGAGCAGGAGCUCACAAGUCCAUCAGAGCUCAAGCUCUCUAUUUCCUCCAGCACCAGCUUGGGCUCCACGCAAUUCAAGCAAGCAAUGAAUAUGGAUGACUCCCUGGGCAGUGAGGUAGAUGACAGCUUCUUUGGGGAAAAGGGUGAGCCCCAGAGCCCCUUUGAGCCUCCUGGGGAAACCCUGGUCAGCAUCUCCUCAGACAUGAGUCACCGUGAUCCCCCGUGA